CAUGCUAUUCCUCCCUAGGAAGAAACACAAACUUGAUCAAGUGUUCUUCCGCUUUCUCAUAUCAUCCUUUUGGUUCUUCAAUAUUUGUUCUCCUGCACCGCCUUAAUUUCUCAACUCAAGCCUCUCUCCUCAAUCAAAACAACAGAAAUGGCCUCUGAAAAGCUCAAAUGUUGUGCAAACUUCCUUGAGAACUCGAAACACUACUUUGCCAUGAUCGCUUUGCAGUUCGGCUAUGCAGGCAUGAACAUCAUCACUAAGGUUUCCCUCAACCGAGGCAUGAGCCACUAUGUUCUCGUUGUUUACCGCCACGCCUUCGCGACUGCUGCCAUCGCUCCAUUCGCCUUAUUCAUUGAAAGGAAAGCUCAGCCAAAGAUAACAUUUCGGAUCUUCAUGCAAAUUUUCAUCCUAGCUUUGCUUGGGCCUGUGAUAGAUCAAAACUUCUACUAUGCUGGGCUGAAACUCACAUCCCCAACAUUCUCUUGUGCAAUGAGCAACAUGCUUCCUGCCAUGACUUUUGUGAUGGCCUUUUUAUGCAGGAUGGAAAAGAUCGACAUGAAGAAGGUGAGAUGCCAAGCAAAAGUAGUGGGAACCAUGAUAACUGUGGCUGGUGCAAUGUUGAUGACCUUGUACAAAGGCCCUCUUUUGGAGAUGGCAUGGGCCAAACAUGCACCUCAUGAUCAACAUAGUGAAACCAAUAAUGGUACAAACACCACAAGAUCCUCAGACAAGGAUUGGUUCUUAGGCUCCAUGUUACUCAUCAUUGCCACUCUUGCUUGGGCAUCCCUCUUUGUUUUACAAGCCAAAGUCAUAGAAACGUACAAGAAUCAUCAGCUAAGCCUCACAUCACUAAUCUGCUUCAUAGGCACGCUUCAAGCUAUUGCUGUUACUUUUGUCAUGGAACGCAAGCCUUCUGUGUGGACUAUUGGCUGGGAUAUGAACUUACUAGCCGCUGCAUAUGCUGGAAUUGUGACAUCAAGCAUAUCAUAUUACGUACAAGGGUUGGUAAUUAGGAAGAAAGGGCCUGUUUUCGCUACUGCAUUUAGUCCUCUAAUGAUGAUCAUUGUAGCCAUCAUGGGUUCCUUUAUCCUUGCAGAGCAAAUAUUUCUUGGAGGGAUAAUUGGCUCCAUCUUGAUUGUCAUAGGCUUAUACUCUGUUCUGUGGGGAAAGCACAAAGAACAAGUGGAGACCAAAGUGGGUGAGGAUAUAGCCUUGCCUGUAAAAAGUGGUCAGUUUAAUGGAAAUCAAGGGACACCUGUUGAUUCCACUGAUCAAUGUUGUGAUGAAGCAAAAUCAAAUGAGAAAGUAGAAGCCAACAAGAACUCAUCAAUUGUCAUUAGCAUGUCUGCGGCCGAAUAAUUUUGAUACUUUCACAUUCACUUUCGUUUUUAUUUACUUUUCCAUCAGCUCUUGCUUCGUUGUCUUUCUUCUCUUCUCUUAUCGCUUCACUUUAGAUGUGAGGUGAAAUUGAGGUAUGAAGGUAUAAUUUUCCGUCCCAAACGCUAUAACAAGAGGUAAUCAAGAAACAAAGGCACACGCAACAUGAAAUGUCACUAGGGAUGGACCUUUUUUUUUCAUCUUUUCAUCCACCAUUUUGUCCCUUUUAACUUUUUAGCCAAUUUUCCUUGACAUUUCAAUCAGCUAUGUUAUGAAAGGAGCCAUGUUUGCAUUUAAGAUUUGCAUAAUUUUGUACGAACUUCAAACUAAUCAAGUUAUGAUAGAAAAAUCAUAAA